AGCGCCUCUCUUCUCCGGAGCAGAGCAGAGCUAACACGCAGCCGGCGACACGCUCACUCCAACCCCGCUAUGUCUGCCGUCAAAGCCCUAAACCCCAAGGCGGAGGUGGCCAGAGCCCAGGCGGCCCUGGCGGUGAACAUAAGUGCCGCCCGGGGGCUCCAGGAUGUGCUGAAGAGCAACCUGGGACCGAAGGGAACCAUGAAGAUGCUGGUGUCUGGUGCAGGAGACAUCAAGCUGACCAAAGAUGGCAACGUCUUGUUGCAUGAGAUGCAAAUUCAGCAUCCAACAGCAUCACUGAUUGCCAAGGUUGCCACUGCGCAGGAUGACAUCACAGGGGAUGGCACCACCUCCAACGUCCUCAUCAUUGGCGAGCUGCUGAAGCAGGCUGAUCUCUACGUGUCAGAGGGUCUUCAUCCAAGAAUUAUUGCAGAGGGCUUCGAGGCAGCAAAAGAAAAAGCCUUGGCUGUUUUGGAGGAAGUCAAGAUUACCCGAGAGAUGGACAGAGAGACGCUCAUCAAUGUUGCACGCACCUCCCUCAGGACCAAGGUCCACAAAGAGCUGGCUGACCUGCUCACUGAGGCUGUGGUGGAUGCUGUUCUCACCAUCGCUAAACCCAAUGAGCCCAUUGACCUUUACAUGGUGGAAAUAAUGGAGAUGAAGCAUAAGACUGACUGCGACACACAACUGAUCAAAGGUCUGGUGUUGGAUCAUGGCGCACGACACCCAGACAUGAAGAAGAGGGUAGAGGAUGCUUACAUACUGACGUGCAAUGUGUCCCUGGAGUACGAAAAGACAGAGGUCAACUCCGGCUUCUUCUACAAGAGCGCCGGCGAGAGGGAGAAACUUGUGGCCGCAGAAAGGAAGUUCAUUGAGGAUCGUGUGCAGAGGAUCAUUGCCCUGAAAAAGAAAGUCUGUCCUAAUGACGAAAAAGGUUUUGUCGUCAUUAACCAAAAGGGUGUUGACCCGUUCUCCCUGGAUGCCCUUGCCAAGGAAGGCAUUGUUGCCCUGCGCAGGGCGAAGAGGAGGAACAUGGAAAGACUCUCUCUUGCUUGUGGGGGCAUUGCCAUGAAUUCAGUGGACGACCUCACACCUGAGUGUUUAGGACAUGCUGGGCUGGUUUAUGAACACACACUGGGUGAGGAGAAAUUCACAUUCAUUGAGAAGUGUGGGAACCCUCGCUCAGUCACCCUGCUGGUGAAGGGCCCCAACAAACACACCCUUACACAGAUCAAAGAUGCCGUGAGGGAUGGUUUGCGAGCAGUCAAGAACGCCAUUGAAGAUGGUAGUGUCGUGUCUGGUGCCGGUGCGUUUGAGGUUGCGGUGGCAGAUGCUUUGGUCAAACAUAAGCCCAAUGUGAAAGGCCGAGCCCAGCUGGGAGUCCAGGCCUUUGCUGAUGCUCUCCUGGUGAUCCCCAAGGUCCUGGCCCAGAACUCUGGUUAUGACCCACAGGAGACGGUACUGAAACUACAGACGGAGUACAAAGAGUCUGGACAGCUUGUUGGAGUCGACCUCGGCACAGGAGAACCCUUCGUGGCAGGGGAAGGUGGUGUAUGGGAUAAUUACAGCGUCAAGAAACAGCUUCUCCAUUCAUGCACAGUGAUCGCCAGCAACAUCUUGUUGGUAGAUGAGAUCAUGCGAGCUGGAUUGUCUUCCCUGAAAGGUUAAAUCACCUGCAGAAGCUCCAGCGUUAUUGCACUUGCAGAGAUAGUCGUCUACCCGACGGUUCAGUGGACCGACCCUGCUCUUGGCAAUUGGAAGCACCCCACUUGAUGGACAGCCAUGUACACCCACAGCAUCCAUCCGAGCGUCUGUCAGAAGUCAUUGUUCUGCUAGUCCUGAGUUUUCAUUUUUUUCAUGGAUUUGUCAACGCCUCCCUCUGAAAUGAUUGGUUUAUUUAUGAGAUUUUGUUAGACGCACUGACCUCAGCCACAGUUUUGUUUCUAUCCCAUUAAAGUUUCUCUUGGCUCCUGAAA